AUGAAGCUCCACACCUCUGAAAUUCCAAUUGGGAAACACCAAGCACGAAGAAAAACCCAAAAACUUGCUCCUCUAAUAGUUUCUGCUUUUCUUUUGACAAUCAUCACUCUAUCAUAUCCUGGCAUAAUUAGAGAUUCUCAGAAAAUAUCUGAAGAUAAUUCUCAAGCAUUUGAAUCUUUAGAUCAUGAUUCAAUAAUACCAACUAGUACUACUCGUUUAGACCAGAAAAAUUAUCAGCCUUGUUCGAGUGGAAAAAUUGAUGCACCGGGGUGCAACAGUAGCUUAGGAGGCGAAGAUAUACAGGCAAGAAAAUCACCACCAAACAUCACCGCGUCGCCACCACUAACCAGCACCCAGCAUGUCAUGGUGGCUAAUGAAACUUUGACAGAGAAGGGUGAAGAUAAUUGUGACUUGUUUUCUGGGGAAUGGGUGCCAAAUCCAGAGGGGCCUUAUUACACAAACAUGACAUGCAACGCAAUUGAGGAGCAUCAGAAUUGCAUGAAAUUUGGAAGGCCAGAUUUAGGGUUCCUCAAGUGGAGGUGGAAACCUGACGCCUGUGAGUUGCCAAUAUUUGAUCCUCAACAGUUUCUGGAACUUGUUAGAGGAAAAUCAUUAGCCUUUGUUGGAGACUCUGUUGCAAGAAAUCACAUGCAAUCUUUGAUUUGCCUCCUGUCUAAGGUUGUUUACCCCGUGGAUGUUUCAAGCUCGGCAGAUGCAAAUAAACACCACGAAUACAGAGAUUACGACUUUAAUAUUUCUAUUUUCUCGUCACCUUAUUUAGUAAAAACGGAGAGAACUGAACCAAACGAUAUAACACGCCCAUUCAACCUAUAUUUAGAUGAAUAUGAUCAGAGUUGGACGAAUCAAAUUGAAGAUUUUGAUUAUGUUAUCAUCUCUGCCGGACAGUGGUUCUUCCGUCCCACUUAUUUUUACCUCAACCGUAGCCUCGUCGGUUGUCUCUACUGCCCCGAAGCCAAUAUCACCCACUUCACAUCAUCUUUUAGUUAUCGGCACGCGUUUCGAACUGCAUUUCGCGCUAUAAAUAGGGCAAAAAAAUUCAAAGGUAUAACUUAUCUUAGGACAUUUGCACCCUCACACUUUGAAGGUGCACAGUGGGAUAAAGGUGGAGAUUGUGCUAGGACAAGGCCUUUCAAGAGGAAUGAGACUCUUUUGGAGGAUUUCAGCUCAAAAAUGCAUUCGAUUCAACUUGAGGAGCUAAAGACGGCACAAGAAGAAGCGUGGAGAAAAAAUGGGUCGAAAUUUAGAUUUUUUGAUGCAACAAAGCCGAUGUUGUUGAGACCAGAUGGGCACCCCAGCAAAUAUGGGCAUUGGCCUGUACAAAAUGUGACAGUGGCUAAUGAUUGUGUGCAUUGGUGUUUGCCUGGACCCAUCGAUUCUUGGAAUGAUUUCUUGCAAGAAUUGUUGAAAAGGGAAAUAGAUCAUUGA